GCUUUUCCCUCUUGCUCUCUCUGUCUGUCUCAUGCUGCAUGCGUGCUGGCUUCAGGCAGCUUCUAUGAUCACUGACUGAACAAGAAUCUGAUCCGCUUCACUGAACAAGGAGAAAAAAAAGGGAGAGAACAAGAGGACUGAGAGCAAGGACAGAGGGCGGUGCAGAUGGAGAAGCCGUUUGUGAGCCACUGCGACAUGGAGAUGGAGCUCGUGAAGAUGGCCAUGCUCAGGCACGAAGAGACCUUCAGGCAGCAGGUCCACGAGCUGCACCGGCUGUACCGGGUGCAGAAGCAGCUGAUGGGCGGCCUGUCCAGGCCGUCGUCGGAACUCAUCAGCUGCCGGCGGCGCCAGACCAGGCGGCGCAGGCAGCCGCGGCGCCGCGCGCUGGACCUGCAACUGCACCACCACCUCCCCGCCGUCGUCAUCGCGCCACCGCCAGCGGAGGACGCCGGGCUGGAGCUGACGCUAGCCAUCGGCGGUGGCGGCCGGUGCCGGAGGAGGCGCCAAGACGAGAUUGAGACUAGCACGGGCACCGCUACGACCCCCUUAGGCUCGGGCUCGGACAUCUCCGGGGGGAGCCUGCUGACGACGGCGGCGUCGUCCACGGACACCGGUGGUGGGUCGCCACCGUACCAGAGGGCAGUGCCGGCGUUUCGUCGUCUCCAGGAAGCGGCGGCGGCCAAGCAGCCACCGCGGUCGCCAUGGCUCGUGCAGUGCGUCAGCGGCGGCCUUGAGAUGGCGUGAGGUGGUCAAUGCGUUUGGUUCUUGAUUAGGAUUCCAAGUUUGCGUAGUUGUUGGUUGUACUUGUACGAGAGGAUGCAGCCAUGCAGCUGCUAGUGGGUAGCCUUGUAGGCUGUACUAGCAUGCAUGUCAGGCAGCCGGUUUAACGAUUAGUAUCUCGCUUGACC